CCUUACCAAGUACGAGCUUCCAAGGAACCAAACACUUGCAGUUUCACGCAUAGCGAAAAACUCAGUAUGCGGCGUACGAGGUACGUUGCACUACCAGUGAGGGCUUGGCAAUAUGUCGGCCUCCUGGUGGUGUCUCUCGCUUGCCUUACGCUCGGCCUAGUCUCCAGGGACAAAGAAGGCCGUGCAGGAAGUUUGGCUGGACCUGAACUAGAACACCGAGCCCCUCACGAAGUGGACGCCUGCCCAAAUCUGACUCCUUUCACCAAGUUGCCUUCUUUCUCGAGUCUCGAGGAACACCCGGUUAGGAUUUCGAAGACGACCAGGGACACCAGGGACUCGAGAACCUCUAUGAUACCGUCUGACCUGAGGAUGUCUCGAUCUAGAAGAUUAGAUCGCGUCUCCAGGACCAGAUUACAGUCACGAGUGGACUUUGGUAGCGUAGAGAGAUUAGACAAAGAGAGAAGGAACACUGGAAACGAUUUUUCGAGACGUGCCUUGGAAUCGAGAGCUAGGAACAGGAUUCAGGAUACCGCGAGACGAUCUUCCGACCCUGCGAUACGACUUUCUCGAUCACUUGGCUCGCGAUCUAUGGAGGAUCUUGCUGAACAGAGAUUGCUCAAGAGAUCUACCGAUUCGGACAGGCGUAGGGAAGUGAAUAGGCGAAUGAACGAGUCACACCUUGUACGAUCCACGGAACGACUCACUGGUGAUAUUCGUCGAGAAAGAAACGAUCGAUCCUUGAGGAACGUCGAUAGACGAAGUCGUAUUCAGACUAUGAAACGUGAUUCCAGACUGAACGAAGACCGCAGAUCUCUUACUAGAAUGGAACGACGAGAGGUUACCGAUGAACCAAGAGAAAGGAUUAACAGAUUGGACCGUCGUAUGGAUGCUAGAUCAAACGAAAGACGAGAUUCCCUUGUUAGAUUGGUAAAACGCUCUGCUGAUGACUUGGAACGACGACAGAGAACUAAGGCACUUGAGAGGCGCGAAUCUAGAAUUGUUAGGACACCUCAAGUUACUAGGAAUGACUUAAACCAACUACCAGUUAGGCAUCUCUCUUCUGAUCGAAGAUCUGAACGACGAGUACUCGUGGAUUCUAGGAGAAGUUCAGAAAGGCGAUCUGUUUCUGCUGAAUCACGAGUUCCGGAAGAAGUUAGGGCUGAACGUAAACUCGGGAACCAAAGGGCUGAUCGACGAGUGGACCAAAGAACUGAUCGCAGAUUUAUGGAACGCAGAACUAACAGCAGACUCGUAGAACAAAGGACACUUGGAAGGACUUUAGAAAGGCGCUCUGCAUCUCUCGAAUCCCGAAACCGUGAAGAAAAUAGGGCUGAUCGACUUGUGGAACAGAGGAAAGUUGGAAGGACUUUAGAAAGGCGCUCUGCAUCUCUCGAAUCUCGAAACCGUGAAGAAAACAGGGCUGAUCGUCGACUUAUGGACCGAAGAGCAGAUCAACGACUUAUGGAACAAAAAGCUGAUCGUCGCCUGAUGGAACAGAGGUCACUUGGAAGAAGUUCAGAAAGACGCUCUGCAUCUCUCGAAUCCCGAAACCGUGAAGAAAAUAGGGCUGAUCGUCGACUUAUAGAACGCAAAACUGACAGAAGACUCAUAGAACAAAGGACACUUGGAAGAAGUUCAGAAAGGCGCUCUGCAUCCCCCGAGUCUCGAGCUGACCGUCGACUUGUGGAACAGAGGACACUUGGAAGGACUUCAGAAAUGCGCUCAGUAUCCCUCGAAUCCCGAAACCGCAAAGAAAUCAGAGGUGAUCGUCGACUUAUGGACCAAAGAGCUGAUCAACGACUUAAGGAACGCAGAGCAGAUCAACGACUCAUGGAGCGCAGAGCUGACCGUCGACUCAUGGAACGUAGAACACUUGGAAGAAGUUUAGAAAUGCGCUCUGCACCCCUUGAAUCCCGAAACCGCGAAGAAAUCAGAGCUGAUCGUCGUCUCAUGGACCAAAGAGCUGAUCAACGACUUAUGGAACGCAGAACUGACCGCAGACUCAUGGAACAAAGAGCUAAUCGUCGACUCAUGGAACGUAGAACACUUGGAAGGACUUUAGAAAGGCGCUCGGCAUCCCUCGAAUCUCGAAAACGCGAAGAAAUCAAGACUGACCGUCGUCUCAUGGACCAAAGAGCUGAUCGUCGACUUAUGGAACGCAGAACUGACCGCAGACUCAUGGAACAAAGAGCUGAUCGUCGACUCAUGGAACGUAGAACACUUGGAACAAGUUCAGAAAGGCGCUCGGCAUCCCUCGAAUCCCGAAACCGCGAAGAAAUCAAGACUGACCGUCGUCUCAUGGACCAAAGAGCUGAUCGUCGACUCAUGGAACGCAAAACUGAACGUCGUCUCACAGAACAAAGAGCUGAUCGUCGUUUCGCCAACGAAAGACUUGAUCGACGAGACUUGGACUCACGACGAUCGCUACGACAGAGACUGGAAGUCAAUCGAUUACAACGAACUCGCUCUAUGCCUACUCUUCUUGCAAACAACGUUCGAUCUAGCCACAAGGAACAAAACCUCGCUGAUGGAAUUCGUGCUCCUGUUCUAUCUUCUCGAGACAGAUCUCUAAACGAUGCCAAACGAUCUCGAUCUAUGGAUAGAGAAUCUGUUCGCUCUUCGGAUAAACGUAGUCAACGAGAUGUAUCGGAAGAUUCAUCUCUUCGUAGACAAGCUCGAUCAUCGCGACUUCCUGUUCAGCAACGUAACACACGUUCCUUGGCAUCACGAGAGAAAGUCUUGACCCGUACCAACGACUUUGCACCUAGGAUGAAGACUUUCGCUAUCCCAGACUUCGUGAAAAAAGAGAAUUCUACGCAAUACGUUUUAACGUUCGAAGUUAUACGCCAAGCACUUGUUAUCGGUCUUUGUACAAUGUAUGGACUGUCCAUUUUUUAUGGCAAACGAUCUUUCAUCAGCAACUUCAUUAGACAAGCACCACGAUUUAUUGUAUGGUAG